UUAAUGAUGUAGGCAAAUAACCUUACUUGUACCGUUCCGAUGAGGGAAUAACGCUCGAUCCCAAACCACGACCAAUCAAGAUCACAUUCGAAAUCACUGAACCGACACUCCGAAUGGGAAUGGCCACACGACCCUCCCACUAGUCACAUGAUAACACACCGAUCGGAAUAAGGUUACCCAGUUUGCUGAUUCUGUUGACAGAAGAACUAAUAACUGCAAUCCAACGAUCAGCCGAUGCAGUCAGGUGCAACGAAUACGAACCCUAGACCCUAGCAAAUGGUCAAUAUAAAACGAUCUGGAUCGACCGGCGUCACGAGUAGUGUCCAUUUAUGCGGUGAACAUCAUGCACGUUGGUGGUCAAUUUUAAAUCGGGAAACAAUGAAACGACGACGUCUUCUGGCCGCAGUGAUUUCGGUUGUGCUAUGCUCGUCACUAACCAGUAGGCUGGUUCUUGGCAGUUCGUUGAUAAACAGUGCCUGGAAGCAGCUGAUGUGGGAGACCAAGGAUCUGCUGAAGUUGUGUGCUACCAAAAAUGACUCUAACUGGGACUGUCUGCGGCGGGAAAGUUUACUGAUUGUGGAUAAUUUUGUGAGCAGCGAAAGGAUACCGUUGCUUACGGGAGCUGCUUUGGUGAGAGUUAAGGAUGAGCAUGAUAAACACGUGCGUCCUACCGAUGCUUUGGCAAGGGCUGUCAAUGAAAGUGAACCCGCCGUGAAUAACCUCAAUCCAGAGACGGGUGGGAUAAACGUCGAUGGUGUGGUGCCUGUAGACAAAACGUGGCGUGGUCGCGUUUUGCGUGCUCUGGAAAAUAUGUUUCAAACGCAUGUACUGCAGAUAGACUUCUUGAAUGCUGUCGAUGGGAAAGGACAACGAAACAAGAAAAAGGAAGAAGGUUGGCUGCGACUGUUCUAUGGGAAAAUGAAAAAUCAACACGUGGUUGAAGGCCGCCAUCGGCAUCGCCGGCAACAGAUGAUACCGAUGAUGAUUUUCGGCGUAACGGUGUUCGGAAUGUUUGUCAUUCCGAUGGGAUUCCAAUUUCUGGCGGCACUCAGCGGCAAGGCAUUUCUGAUGGCGAAACUGGCUCUGCUGCUGGCAUCGAUCAACGGACUAAAAAGGGUAGCGUCAACUGGCGUUCACUACGGACUGUACGCCGAUCCGCACCAUUUGCCACACGCGCCGGCCGUAUUCUACGACCGCGAUUCCAACUUUGGUCCUCGCAAUUUGCCACCGAUAGAAUAGCAGCUAAGCAGUAACCGUAGAAGCAAACGUAGCCAGAUCGAGAAAAGAUUUUUUAAGCUAUCCAGUUCAUCCGAUAGUGAACAGCAGCACCCGCAAACAACCGCGAUGACCGCACCUACUCCUGCUCCGGAGUUUUAUCAGCUGUGGGGUCAAGGACAAAACUUACCUCCACUGCCUGGACCACCACAUCCACUCUACUAUCCACACCAACCGAAUGGUUUCUAUCCCGGACUGGUGCCACCUGCCGGACCUCCAGGACCACCUAUUUGGACACCUCUAACGCAAUAUCUAGCUCUUAUGUCCAAUGCAGCGACGGCCAGUUUCCACAUGUACAUGAACUUUGUGCGGAGCAUCUAUGUCAGUUGUCGACACUUUAUGUCCGAUCUGUUUUGGUCCAACGUGAGAACUUUGAUGCCUUAUUUUGCAUCGCCGUGGAUUAUGCGUUGGUAUAAUGGGGGUUACCCGGGUCGAUUGCCAGCUGGGGCUUCGCCGCCUCAUGCUCCGGUUCCGUUUAAUGAGCAGUAUGGUUAUUAUCAACCGGGAAUUCUGACCGGUGCCGUUGCCCGGAAUGGGGUUGUUGAAGAGAUAGGACAUUCGAAAGCUUUUUUAGCCUCUGAGAGUCAACAAACGCCAGCAACGAAAGUGUUUUGAAUCAAAAACCAAGAAUAAUUGGAUCGUUUUAAUUUUGCUAGGUUAGGUCGCAGUGAUAUGUUGGAAGGUUAAUAUUUCAGUAAAAAAGACCUAGUUGCAUAAAUUUUAUUUAAUAUCGGGAACCUCUUUGAAUUAGAAUAAUCCAGUAGUUCGUGGAUCAUCAAGUAUAAGUCAGAUAAAUAGUAUCAACACAGAUACAUUUUGUGGAGUAAACAUGUAAAAGAAAUAUUGAAAACUGCGACAUCAAUUAGAUAGUAUUUUCUCGUAGAAAUUUGACGUAAUGGUAGUGUAAUAACCUAUUGAUAAAUGCGAAGUAUCGGUGUUUAUAGUGCCCGAAUUUGUUGUACUGCAUUAGGAUCGAUUCCUUAGGUAUAAAUAGUGAUGCAAGUUAGGUAUA